AUGCUGUCAGAUCUUUGGGCAAGUAUCUCUGCCUGCUGUGGGCUAUUUCAAAUCUUCAAUACACCAAAUAUCACUGUACGAUCAAUAAAUUACCUCAACAAAAAGGAUAUCGAGACCGCGAUUGCCGAAAUACGCAUCACAUCGUCGGACUCGAAAAGGCUGCUGGAGUGGAGACGGAUACCCUACAAAGAGCUGAUUGAGAUGAAAGGAGGCGAAGAUGCUGUAAACAAGUUCUAUGGAUGCGGCGCUUUUUGGAGUUUCAAUGGCAGAAUCCCCGUCACCUUUCAUCAUCAGACGGCUUCUUCUAAGGCCAACAAAAAGCGCAAGCGAAAUACAGAGGCGACAAAAAGGUACCGUGAGCAACUUCAAAAGAGACAAGAUUGGUGGAAAACUCUCAAAGGGUGGCUCUUGGAGGAAACGGGGGACUCAACAGAAAUGAGUUCUCUAUCACCGGAACUGAAGAUGGGCUCCAAGGAACUCAAACGUGAGAUCCAUGACCUAGAAGCUGUGCUACGCGAUCGUUAUCUUCGAACUCUUCAAAAAAUGGGCAAGCUGGAAGAAGGGACUGAGCGUCUCCCAAUCAAGGUGCUACAUAGAAAAGCACGGACAUCUCAACACUGGUCAACUGUCAUAUAG